AUGGAUGAAUUUCAGAAGUUCUUUUAGAGUUUAAGUGAGAAGCAAACAACUCCUAUAUCUGAAGAAUACCGAAAGUAAUUUAAGAUUAGAGGAGAGUUCAUCUAUCCACAUAGUAAGAAGUUUGAUCAAAUUUGUAAAAGGUUUUGUGUAGUUCUUAAAGUUAGUUUUUUGGAAGAUGAAAAAUUGAGAAGUAAAAGAAAAUGGGAUAAUUCUUUUAAACUAUUUUUAAUAUGGUUUUUAGUUAAAUAUUUUGAGAAGCAAAAUCAAAUUACAAUACGACCUGUAGUAUUUUUAAGAAUAAUAUGUUAGGAUGAGAAUGAUUGGAUUAAUUUUGAAAUAAUUUUAAAAAUAGAUAAGCAUGCUUUAAAGUAAAGGUGGAUUACACUAAUAAAUCCUUAGAUGAAAUCAAUUAAUUGGUUAUAGGAAGAAGAUGAUUUUAUAAAGAAUUAAAUGAAGUAAGUUGAAAUAACUUAGUUGAUUAUAGUUAGAAGAAUAAGCAUAUUUGGACAUAAAUUGCAGUAUCUCUUUAUGAAAGGAAUAUGUAAGGUAACAUUCGAACACCAAAAUAAAUUAGAGAAAGAUGGAUGAAUUAUUUAAAUCCUGAAUUAAAUAAGUAAUUUAUUGUUGAUAUUUUAAGGGAACAAUGGUUGAUUAAAGAGGAUUUGAUAAUAUUAAAUAAUGUUGUAAAAAAUGGAAAAAAAUGGUCGUAGAUUUCAUAAUAGUUGAAUGGAAGAACUGAGAAUUAAGUAAAGAAUAGGUAAUUUCAUAAUAAGUUUAUAUAAGAUAUAAGUCAUUAAUACAUAAGAUAUGCAAAGAUGAUGAAUGCGAUGAAAUAGAGAUGAUCAAAUAAUAUAUUAGAAAAAAGUAAUUAUUUAAUUUAAUAAAUAGUUCAGUACAUAUGGACUCUAAUAAAUAAGGUAUUAUUGGUAAAAGAGGGAGACAUAAGAAGGGAAUGAGAAAUAAAGAUUAAAAAUCUGAAUUUAAGAAAUAAAAAAAUAUUCCAAAAAUAAUAAAAUAGGAAGAAUAAUAAUCCUAGUAGUCUUUGGUAUAAUAAGCAUAAUAAUAAUUAUAUACAUAAUAAUAAUCAUAAUAAUUAUAAUUGUAACAACAAAUAUAAACUUAAUAAUUACAAUAAUUGUAGUAGUUACAAUAAUAAAUGAAUUUUAAUUCUGAAGAAAUGAAAUUGGCAUUAAAUUUAUAAUCAACUUUUAAUUAGGAAGACAUGAAAAAUGCAACUCCAUUGAUGAUGUUAUAAUGUUUAACAUCUCCAGGAUAUUAAUAUUUUGAGAAUCAAUGUUUAAGAUAAUUGUCUCCUGGAAUUGUAGAGGAAGGGGAAUGUCCUUAAAAUUCAUCUUUAUAACUACCAAAAAUUACAAAUAUUUAUAAGGUUAAUUCUACAUCUCCAUUUUUAAUUGGAUCAAUGAUGCCAUCUCCAUUUUGGAGCAAUGAUCAAUUUGUUUAAUAGAAUGAAGAAUAAAUGGGAGCAAUAUCCAAUUAAGCAUUCACAUAAUAAAUUUCGACAACACCAUAUUUGAAUUUUAGUUAUUUGAGAUAAUAAUAAAUGAAUGGUUUUUCAAAAUAGAAGGAAUUAGAUUUAUUGUAAGAGAAUCCUAUAUAAUAAUUCAAUAAAAGAAGAAAUAUUAAUUAAUAGUGA